UAUUAUCGAAUGUUCAAUGUUUAUGUCGGUGUUUGGUUAUUAAUCUGAAUUUUGUAAUUCGAUUUUUUUUGUUUAUUGAUAGAAAAUCAAUUUUGGGUAAAAAAGAAAACAAUCAUGGAUGAUUCAACCAUUUCAAAAAUGCAACUUCAUUAUUGGGAAGCUAAACAAACAUUUUUGAAAAAAAUUAAACGUAAAGAAGAUGAUUUUAUUGUUGCUUCCGAUGCUGAAUUAGAUGCUAAACUAGAGUUACUUAAAUCGAUUGAUGACACUAAUCAAAAUCUUCUAAAUCUAUUGGAAUUAUAUCAAGAUCGUGUAUGUGCAUUGGCACAAGAAGAAUGUAUAUUUGGUCGUUUUCUUCGUGAAUGUGGUAAACAUGAUACAACAAAAGCUGGUAAUCUUAUGUCCAGUUCCGGUAAAACAUUUUUAUUUGCUGGACAUCAAUUUAUUAUGAUACGUAAUGUACUUAUACGUUCAUUUCGUGAUGUACAAACAUUUCAAUAUCGAGCUGUAACUGAUACAUUUGAUACUGUUGAACAAAUGGAAAAAUCACGUACCGGUUAUCGUGCUGCAUUACUUUGGAUGAAAGAUGUUUCACAAAAACUUGAUCCUGAUGUUUAUAUGCAAAUGGAUAAAUUUAAAAAAAUUCAAAAUCAUGUUCGAGAAAAGAAAAAAUCAUUUGAAAAAUUAAAAAUCGAUACAAUUCAAAAAAUUGAUUUAUUAAGUGCAUCAAGAUGUAAUCUAUUUAACAAUAUUUUACUAUCAUAUCAGAAUAUAUUGAAAUCUGUUUGGAAUAAAACAACCAAAACAAUGAAUAUUUUUGUCGAUACAUUUAAAUCACAUCUAAAUUAUCAAUUUACAAUGUUAAAAGAAUUGAAUGAUGUUGAUUCGAAUGUGGAUGAAGCGCAACAAAAUUUUGAAGAAAAAUUAAAAGAAAUUCUUUCCGGUGAACAAAAUACUAAUGAAAUGGAUAUGUUAAUAUUUUUUGAAGCUGAUUAUGCUGAUAAUAAUAAUAAGGACAAUGUUGAUGAUAAUAAUAAAAAACGAUUUAUUAGUGGCCGGCGAAAAAAUGGAUCGAUUAAAAAAAAUGAUAAUCUUAAAAAUUCCAAAAAUCCAAAGAAUAAAGAUAAAGAAAACCAAAAAGAAAUUUCAAUGGAAAGCAAAGCCUUACUUGAUUUUAAUUUUGAAACUAACACCGAAUUUGAUAAUGAAGAUGAUGAUGAUGGUAAAGAAAAAGAAAUCAAACUUGAACAUCUUAAUUCCUAUAUGCCUAGUUCAUUAAUUGAUUUAGGACAAAUGAUUCAAACAAAUUACAAUGAUAAUGAACCAGAUAAAACAAUAAGUUUUUUUGAUAAACUUAUUCUUUCAAAAGAUGUUAGUAAUAAAUUAUCAACAAAUGAUGCUGAUAAAGUUUUAAGUAUGCAGAAUGAUGAUCAACAAAAAUCAUCAUCAUCAUCAUCAAAAACAACAUCCAAGAUUUCAACUACAGCCGCUAACAACAAUAGCACAUUGGAUACAUGGUUAAAUCUUUUUGCCGAUAUUGAUCCAUUAUCAAAUCCACAAGAAUUUGAUAAAAGAUUUUCAUCGGAUAAAACAAGUAUAAACGAUAGAAAUUGUUAAAUUCAUUCAAAAUGAUAAAAUAAAAUUUUAUUGAUGGGAAAAUAUACAGUAAAAUUUUGAUACAUUCACAU